GGAAGGCGAAGCGAUUGCUUCAAGCUUUUUAUUCCCCAUAUUCUAGAUGUCCCACAUUGCUUCAGAUCCUGCUGAAACGUCGCGAAAUCCUGCCGCACUUCUCUCUUUUGAGACUUGGGGCCAACUACCGCUGAGAGAGCUCCAAGCUAGUAUCACGAAUAGGAAAAGGCGCCUCGAGCCGUGUAGGGGUCGAAGCUAAGCCUAUUGUUGUCAGGGGCUUGUCAAGAUGACAUCGUCGGUUAUCUAGUAUGUAGUAUACCUAGCAGCAGGUAGUAUAGCUACCUCUUUAUCGGUUCUUCGAAUAUGUAUAAGAGGUAGCCAAGAAUCCCGCGAUGAUCCAACAUUUUCCUCUCUUCAUUCCGCUAUCAAUCAUUGAAACAGCUCGUCUCAAUUUUCUUCAUUCUAUUUCGUUCCUAUUCGUAUUCUUGGUGGCCGGUCCUCCUUUUCAACUUACAUUCACUUGAAUACGAUCCCGUGGACGUGUACAGCUUCAAUCUUUCUCAGCCAAUCGCUUUUUAUCAAACCAGUCAAAAUCAGUCAAUAUGAAGUUCUUCUCCAUCCUAGUUCUCGCUACCGCCGCCAGCGCUUUGGUGAUGCCCCGUCACCAUGCCGGAAAGCAGGCCAACGGCAACAAGAACGGCGCCGCCGUAGCAGCAGGUACCGGCAAUGCUAAGGCCAACAACAACAACAACAACAACAAUGCCGCCGCCGCCGCCGCCGCUAAGGUGACGCCUCGUCAUCAUGCCGGAAAGCAGGCCAGCGGCAACGGCAACGCUAAGGCUAACAAGAACAACGCCGCUGCCGCUGCCAAGGUGACGCCUCGUCACCAUGCUGGAAAGCAGGCUAACGGCAAUGCCAACGCCAAUGCUAAGGCCAACAAGAACAACGCCGCCAAGGUGACAGCCCGUCACCAUGCCGGAAAGCAAGCCAACGGCAACAAGAACGGCGCUGCUAAGGCUAACAAGGCCAACGCUUGAGCGCGUACAACAACAGCAAUAAGCGUUACCACGCCGAAAGCAGGCCAACGGCAACAAUGAAUGCCGCCGCCGCAAACAACGCCAACUGCAAUUAAAGGCGCUUGUGUGCGUCUCAGGGCGAUGAUUAUUUGGGUUUUUACCGGGGUCUGUUGUAAUCGGUUGUAGAGUACGAUGGCUCUUGGGAAGUUUAAUAGAAAGCACUAGCGCGUUUGAGCAAAGUGUACAUAUAGAAAUGAAGAUUAUUUUGAGCGAG